AUGGUUGGAUUGCAGAAAACUGAGAAUCAGAUUUACGCAGACAUUGUUCGCAGCUUGAAGCAAAAUUUUCGUUCCGAGCCUCAAAUGUCGCUGACUCAAAGCGACAGAAAAGUGCGAAUUCGCACAAAUCGUUACUACAAGUCCGAACUAACCGAAGAUCACUGGAAAGAUAAAUACAACCGGCAUGUUAAACAGCGACUCUGUGGAUUCUACACACCGGCUCAUCUACCAUAUGCUUCAGUUGGUGACGUUUGUCUGGAUAUACGCGAUCUAGUCCUCGACACUGUUGGAAUUGAUCAAAGCUCAGAGAAAUGUAAUGUCAGUGUUGUGGUCGACUCGAACGAAAAGGAGAAAAAGGAAGAAACAGACACAGAGAGUACCGCCCAAAAGGUGGUAGAUGUCAUGAAGGGCCCUCAAGGUCAGUUGCUGAUGACGGAGCCAUCAAAUGUGUCUCCGAAUAAAACCAAGAAAAUGAUGAACAAGCUCAGGUCAUUUGAUGGAACUGACACAUUAGGGGUUGGGGAAGAGUUGAUUGCCGCCUUCCCCAGUGAGAUAAAAUCAGAACACGAGGAAGAGGUUAUUGAUCAGAGGGAUGUACAACACGAUCGGUAUGUUCGUAACUUUAGCGGUAAACUCAGAAGUCUGCACACUUUGCUGUGCUAUGUGUAUAACCUGAGGACAAAAGAUUUACGCACCAAGGUGCCGUUGUCAAAGGACUUUAUUAGGACACUCAAAAUAGCGAUUUCGACGGAUCAAAAAGGAAAACCCCUGAGACACACAAGGAAUAUGACACACGUGCAACUUCAGUCACGCGGUCCUCAAAGAUCCUCCACGGAUGCUGAAGUUUCCCGUAUGGAUCAUGAUCACCAGUUGUCUCCUCAGAUGAACACACGUGCGAGCUUUUUUUGUGAUUCGCCUUCUUCUAUAUUCCGCCCUGGAAUUGCUGGAUCUGGACGCACUGAGUCCAGGGCAUCUGUCUUUGGACGCAAAUUGAGGACAAGAGACACGUCUGACAAGAUUGACACAUGGGAAGAUCUACUGGAAGCUGGAGAUAAACCUUCUUCUCAAUCUCAGGCUCCUGCGUGGCCGGGAGCCAUAAGGGGUGGACCAGCUGGAGAACAGGGUGCUAAGAGCCAGGGAACAAGAGCCAGUUUUAUAAACUCAGUGAAAAUGGUUUAUGGUGGUGUUAGAGUGAGGCGACAUGGUGGAAUGCUGCAAGUCAUUCAGAAUGGAGCCGCACAAGCAAGUGACGCCAAGGAUCAGCUUCCUAUUUGGCACCAGGUUGCCUCUGCAGAGAAAAAUGCAAAGGAAAAUGGCCCCAAAGGACAAUUUCCGAAGAGACGCUUAAAGAAGUCUUCUUCAAAAUCUGAAAACUCUUUGUGUGAUACGAUCCAAGAAGGUUUUGAAAAAAUUCAAGCAAGGUCUGCUGAGCGAGUCAGAAAAAAACUCACCGAGAUCAACAGGAAUGAAAAGCAUUCGUUUAUUUCAAAAGUCCAGGCGGUUGAUCCAUCUUCGGUCUAUCCAGUGGAUUUACAAAGAGUGCGACAAGCAGGCCGUGAGAUCAUUCAAGAUUCCGACAAGGAAGAUGUUAAAAGCGCUCCAUGGUACGAGGAUUUGGAGAAUGAGGCCAAAGAACUUGGAGUUGCCAGCGAAGCAGAAGUGAUCAUCCUUUUAAACAAGUUAUAUCCAUUUGCUGUUGAUGACAUCACCACGCUGCCUUUUGUCCAGGCUAAACUUUGUCUUAUCGUUCAAUCCUUACCCAUCUAUGAACUGUGCCCAUUAACCACACUGGAGGCGCUUAAGAUAAAUAUCAAUUUUGAACCUACACCUACACCUACACCUACACCUCCACCCUGA